AACAACGAAGAUCGAAAAAGAAUUAGUCUAAAAAGGUCAGCUGCUAUGAGAGAUGAUAGUUGGAGAAGACAAGAGAGCCAAGCAAGUGGGUCUUAUCUCCUCGUUGCACUAUAUAUAAAAUCAAAAUCCUUCCUUCUCUUCUUCAUUGCACCAAUUUGCGCCGCCAUUUAAAAAAAAAAGAAAAGAGCUUAGCUAAUCGCUAUCGUCAUCCGCAACUUAUACCCAUCCUCUCACUUCCCCCUGCAUCUUCCUUCAUAAAGCCUCCGAUCUAUCUUAAUCGAAGAACUUAAGUGGGAGAGAUCUUGGACUAGAAGAAAUCUACCCAAAGUUUUGGAUUUUUCGAUAAGGGUUUCUCUUGAUAGAAAACAAUGUCUUCGAUCAAUCUCUCUUCAUCGUCUCCUUCCACCAUAUCUCUUUCCCGCUCAAGAUUGAGCCAAAGCUCUACCACAUUGCUCCAUGGACUACACCGUGUUAGUUUACCAUCUAAAAACUUAUCAUCAGUUUCUAUUAAAAACACUGGAAAAGUUAAAGCUGCAGUGAUCUCUAGAGAAGAUGAUCUGCUCUCAUUCACCAACGGGAACGCUCCUCUUUCAAAUGAAUCUCUCAUUGUUGAUCGGACCGAAGAAGAAGAAGAAGAGGCUAAUCCUGUUUCACUUGGAACACUUGCUGCAGAUUCUGCUCCUGCACCAGCCAAUGGUUUUGUUGCUGAAGAUGAUGACUUUGAGUUGGAUCUACCUACUCCAGGUUUCUCUUCUAUCCCUCAGGCCAUUGAAGAUAUACGCCAAGGAAAGUUUGUGGUGGUUGUGGAUGAUGAAGAUAGAGAAAACGAAGGGGAUUUGGUAAUGGCUGCUCAAUUAGCAACACCUGAAGCUAUGGCUUUUAUUGUGAAACAUGGAACUGGGAUAGUUUGUGUGAGCAUGAAAGACGAUGAUCUUGAGAGAUUGCACCUUCCUCUAAUGGUUAAUCAGAAGGAGAACGAAGAAAAGCUCUCUACUGCAUUCACAGUGACUGUGGAUGCCAAACAUGGUACAACAACUGGAGUAUCAGCUCGUGAUCGGGCCACAACGAUAUUGUCUCUUGCAUCAAGAGACUCUAAGCCCGAGGAUUUCAACCGUCCAGGUCAUAUUUUUCCGCUGAAGUAUCGUGAAGGCGGGGUUCUGAAAAGGGCUGGACACACUGAAGCAUCUGUUGAUCUUACUGUUUUAGCUGGACUGGAUCCUGUUGGAGUGCUUUGUGAAAUUGUUGAUGAUGAUGGUUCCAUGGCCAGAUUACCAAAGCUCCGUGAAUUUGCAGCUGAGAAUAACCUAAAAAUUGUAUCCAUCGCAGAUUUGAUCAGAUAUAGAAGGAAGAGCGACAAACUUGUAGAGCGUUCUUCUGCUGCUCGGAUCCCGACAAUGUGGGGACCUUUCACAGCUUACUGCUAUAAGUCCAUAUUAGACGGAAUAGAGCACAUUGCAAUGGUUAAGGGUGAGAUUAGUGACGGUCAAGAGAUUCUCGUGAGGGUUCAUUCCGAAUGUCUCACAGGAGACAUAUUUGGGUCUGCAAGGUGCGAUUGCGGGAACCAGCUAGCUCUUGCGAUGCAGCAGAUCGAGUCUAAUGGUCGCGGUGUGUUGGUUUACCUUCGCGGACAUGAAGGAAGAGGGAUUGGUUUAGGACACAAGCUUCGAGCUUACAAUCUGCAAGAUGCUGGUCGAGACACGGUUGAAGCUAAUGAGGAAUUAGGACUUCCUGUUGAUUCUAGAGAGUAUGGGAUUGGUGCACAGAUACUGAGGGAUUUAGGCGUGAGGACGAUGAAGUUGAUGACGAAUAAUCCAGCUAAAUACGUUGGCCUGAAGGGAUAUGGAUUAGCCAUUGUUGGGAGAAUCCCUCUCUUAAGUCUCAUCACAAAGGAGAAUAAGCGAUACUUAGAGACAAAACGGACCAAGAUGGGUCACAUGUAUGGCUUGAAGUUCAAUGGCGAUGUUGUGGAGAAGACUACUGAGUCUGAAACUGAGUCCUAAGCGUAAAAACCAGGACGUACCAAAACAAAUUAAGAAACAUAAAAAUAUGAUACUUCAAAAACGAGGGAAGAUGUUGACACAGAAGAACAAGACAAAGACGUUUGACACAGAAGAACAAGACAAAGACGUUUGAUCUGUCUGAGAAACUUCGAUUAGAUUGGUUUAUCUUCAAAUCUAAUACUAUCUGAUUAUUAUUUUUUCCUACAAUUCUUGUGAAAAAAGAGGCCAGCUUUGAAGUGUGUCAUCCUUUGGUUGAGAACAUGUAAAAGUUUGUUUCUAACAUUUAAACCGUAAUAAAAAGUGUGGCAGGUGUUUUAAGCCUUUUAAAUUA